AUGCCCCCACAUGCAGACGAGCUUGUUCUUGCAAGCCCGGACAUUGCAGACUGUCCGACAGUGAUGGUGUGCGUGCACGAUCCGCCUGAAGUGUGGGCAGACGUCAACGCCGUGUCCGGGACGAUCGAAAGCGGCCUGUCUGUCAUUCUUGAACAUCCGUUGGCGCGGAUCAUGGCGCGGAUGCUGGCAGAACUGGACGAGAAAAUCGGCUACAUUGACAUUUGCAUUCCGGAAGGCUAUGGCGUGUUUGCGCAGGAGCUCCUCUUGUGGGUGUGGGACAACUACGUGAGCUAUUUCUCGGCAAAGAAGGCUCUUUUCGUUGGCUACGGCGACGCCCACCAGGCAGUUGUUCAUUUGCUCGCGAAAAGACCCGCCAACGAGCUCCGUGAAGUUGUGCGGGCGUCUGUGGCAUUUGUAAAUGCGCUGCCGCUCAAACCGUUGGUACCAGUCAUGGACGAGUCCAUGGUGGACUGGUACUACCAAAACUCACUCAUUUUUGCCAGCCGUACGAACACAUGCUGGGCCGGUGCCAAAGACGAAGACAAGAGGCCGCGAAAAAAGUUUGGCCGUGUAUUGAAGGCGGCCGGCGAUGGUUUGUGGGAAGUUAUCCAUGAGCGGUUUGAUGAGGGGGUGGACUUUCUUUUGGAUCUGGUCGGAGACUUUUCUGACUCAGAAUAA